AUGAUGACCCGGGUUUUUGGCACCGAGCCUAAUGUUCGAUUGCAAAAGAAGUUCAUGUCCGUGACAUCCCCUCAAGCGAAGAAAGAGCUAACAAAGAUGGGAAUGGAGAAGAAGUAUGUCGACGAGUAUGCUGCGAUGAUCGAUGAAUACGAGAAGAGAUACGCAGCACUUAAAAAGGAUGAAAAUGAAUUUCAGGAGAAAUUCAAAACAUAUAUGAAGAAGCUGCCAUCAAAGCAGAUCACUCUUUUGAACAAUUGGUUCAAUAUGCAUGCAUCAGAAUCUAAUUGA